AUGGCCUUUUCUUUCAUGGGCCCGCAGCACGCUCGCGUCAUCGAAGCCUAUAUGGACGGCCGUACUCUCGUGGUGCGCCCGACCAAACUGUAUGAUCUUCGUACCAAGGACGCUGCAGCUUUCAAGUCUUUCGCCCAGUGGUACUACGGAAAGCCACGUGCACCCACGGGAUCCUCUCAGUAG